AUGAGCAGCAACCAGCCGUCUCGAGCAGUGCAUAGGCUUCACCUCACGCAAAAUCACCUCAGAGCUCAAUCUUCAUUGGCCAACAUCGACAAUGUCAGUGUGGGUGCUAAAUACACCCAGGAAUAUAGAAACUACGCUGUCGAUAGGCAAACCAACAAGGUUAUAUCGUAUUUUCAUGACAUCCCGUUACGAUUGAAUACGCAACAAAAGACAGCUACCAUGGUUGUGGAAGUUCCACGAUGGUCGAACGGUAAGUUUGAGAUUGACCCCAAGCAGCCAGGUAACCCGAUAGUGCAAGACUUCAAGAAGGGAAAAGUGAGGUUUGUGCGGAACUUGUUUCCUUACCACGGGUACAUUCACAAUUACGGGGCGCUUCCGCAAACGUGGGAGGACCCAACGCAAAAGAGUAACGUGGAAGGGUUGUAUGGAGAUGGAGAUCCGUUGGAUGUGUGUGAGAUUGGGUCAAGUGUGUUUCCCAUAGGUUCUGUGGUGACAGUCAAGCUUCUAGGCUCCUUGGCUUUGGUGGAUGAUGGAGAAUUAGACUGGAAAGUCAUUGCAAUCAAUGUGGACGACGAGUUGGCGCCUGAGCUCAAUGAUAUAGGCGAUGUCGAAAAGAAGUGCCCUGGCCUUCUUGCUGCGACAAGACAGUGGUUCAAGGAUUACAAGAAGCCAGAUGGUAAGCCAGAAAAUGUGUUUGCUUUCAAUGGCGAAUAUAGAGACGCAGCUCAGACAUGGGAGACCGUAGAGGAGUGCCAUGUGGCGUGGGAGAAGCUUGUGACGGGCAAAACAGAGAAAGGCAAAUUUGCUAUUGAGAAUGUCACGUUACAAGGCACCCCGUUGAAACAGGAUAAGUUUGAAUUCAGUGACUCUGUGCUCCUGGCAGCUGCAGAACCAGACGCUCCUAUUCCUGAUGAAGUGCACAAGAGCUUCCACUAUUAG